AGUUGCGACUGGCCCAAAACGCGCGCGCUCAUCAAAAGGAAGUCUCGGGCUUGUCGGUCCUUUCUUCUCCUGCCUCCUGGUUUCUUCCGACCGGCCAAGCCGAGCCAUUGCGACUUUCCCAAGCUCGCUCUCUACGAAAGGCCAUCAUAUCAACACCCCACAGCCCUCGCAGAGCAUAUUCGCCUGGUCUCUCAAAACUGACCGAGUUUCAGCUCAGGGAACCCCAUCCAGAACAAUGACCUACGUGGAGAAACAAAUUCUCGACCACAUCGGCUACUUCAUACGAUCGCAGAACUACCGGCCAAGCCCCGAGGAAGCUCGAUGUAUCAAAGUGUAUGACUCGGCACCCCUCGCCUAUGGGCUCGCCAACUUUGUCAUGUGGGGAAGUCUCGCCUACUACACCCUCGACUUCCGGGCAUUCUUCGCAACCAGGGAUCAGCUUGCCAUGGCCCAGCAGGACACCGCCGCCGCCGUGACGAAGAAGCUGAGUACGCCACCACCACCCGCAUCCGCUGCUCCAAAUGGCGCUCAAGCCGCAGCGCAGACCAUCGCAAACAGCGCAAAAGCCGCCGCGAUAAAGGCAGCGUCUCGAACUCGACCGGUGCAACCGCUUUGGAUCACACUAUGGGGCGUUGCAGCGAUAACAGGCGGUGCGUUUGCGAGCACCUACUAUAGCAGCAAACUAGCUGCGAGGCAGUGUAUACAGUGUUUCCUGGAUGUGGAGGAUAAGAAGUCGGGGCUGUAUCGUGUGACCAGGCAGCUGUUGAAGGAGCAUAAUCCGGAUCAUGGGAAGUUCUUUGCGCAGGAGAGGCAUAAGGAGAUGCUGAUGGCUGAUGAAAGGAGGUCGACAUGAUGGAGCGUUUUGGGCGUACAUGGGGCUCCACCCGCCGUUCUCAAGCAUCCAUACAUAUCAUCAUCGGACCGAAUCAACCCAAAGUAUUAUACCAUGGAUGC